AUGCAUGAAACUCCGAGCAUGACUCGCUCCAGGGAAAACGGAUGGAAACAAAAACCCAGUGUGAUAGUGACUCUUGGAAUUGGACACGACACGCAAGCCGAAGAAGCUUUAGUGAAGGUUUUGCCAGAAGGAUCAUACUUUUAUGGAGCGGACCCGAUACACGAAGUUAACGAGAACCUUUUUACUAAGUUUGGCUCGUACUUCCCAUUUGCGGUUGGUGCGAAAUCGCAAGUUGCCACCGCAAGUGUCCUUAUCAAC